AUGGAUAAAGAGACAAUGAAUGAAAUGAACAGCCAACCUGUCUUAAUGGUAAGUUUUUAAAGGUUUUCGGUAAUAUUUUUUUAUAGUUUAAAGACCAUGUCAAGUCCGUUUUGCGCAUCGGUUCGGGCCAUUCCAUUUAAUGUACACCCCCCCCCUCCCCUAUGGACGAGUUCAAUAAAAUUCGAACCCCUAAGGGAGCAUUCAUUUUUUAGCUGGGGGGGUGGGCCGGAGGAAUUGAUGUCUAAUUCCAUGCUAAAACUUGGAACCCCCAAGAGACAAGUUGAUAAAAAAUUAUGACCCCCUAUUUUUUUACUGAAAAAUUUUUUGACCCCUCAUCCUAACUAUUAAUAAUCCACACAGUGUCGUUUCCGUAGCGUUUCAGGGCCGUAGGAAGCUCGUUUUGAUUGGGGGGGGGGGCUGAAAACAAGGGCCGAAGGCCCAAGGAAAUUUUUAAAUCUAGAAUCUCUGAAAUGCCAUUUCCUGGACUUUGGGGAAGAUUUGGCAGAAUUCUGAUGGUCAGAAAACAGCGUUUUAGUAUGUCGAAAUUGACAAUUUGGUAAUACUAAAUGGGCGAACGCGUAUUUAAUUAACUAUAUAUUGGAUAACUAGGAUAAGUUGCAGGAACCUGUGGGUACUAUCUUCAUUCUUUGCAGUUCGUCAUGGAUAAUGUAGUCACUUAAAAUUAAUAAAGCUUAAAAUUGAUAAAGGUCAUGAUGAAAUGCAUGCAGACCUUGAAACCAUGCAUGAUUUUGAAAUCAUGCUAUGGUCCUGCGUUUUCUUUCAUUCAUGUUUUCACACAAAAACGGAUAAAAAUGAGGUCAAUUGACAAACGUCAUGGAAAUGCUUUCCUAUGGACUGUGUGAACAGAGCAUCAAACGAAAUUUUGCUUCUUUGUUAAAGAUGACGAGAUAGUUGAUAGUUUCUAGACCUUUUUUCCAUUCCUCAUCCAUAUAUUUCCAAAUUCUAUAAAAUUAUAUUGGUGACUUUUUCACUGAUUAUUUUUAUGACCCCCUCCAUUUAUACCAAAACUAUAAAAAGACCCACCCCUUUGAAGCAUGUCAAAAUUUGCUGACCCACCCCCAAAUUCCUCCGGCCCACCCCCCCAGGUAAAAAAUGAAUGCUCCCUAAGAAGAAAAGAUCAAAGUGCCGACACAAACACCCCCCAUAAAUUAAGAAAUUUUUGCCUUACCCCUCGGAAAAAACGCAAAGAUCAAAGGAUGCCGAUGCACACAACCCCUCAGAAAUGGCUUUUCAACCCCCCUCAGAAAUUCUCGUCCAUAGGGGGGGGGGGGGGGUAUAUUAAAUGGAAUGGCCCUAUACUUUUUUACAAGCCUAGUUACAAGGGAAAUAUAGUUAAAAUAAUACUGCUGAGAAAAUAUAACGUGAUCUUUAAGUAAAGAUGCUGGGGUUAGUGGCAAAAAGAAACGUUUGUAUUGCCAAAACAAAUGACCAACAAGGCUAAAAACGUCUGCAACACGAAAAUCAUGAGAAAUUGUUGAUGAAAUAAGUACAACUCAUUGAGGUAUAAAUGUAACCUUCAUUUUUGCUGGUUCUACCAGUAGAAUGCUUUGUCACUGUGGCGUCUGUCUGAGGAGGGCGAUAGCAUGCAGCAACGUUUGAUAACUAACUUCUCUUAGGCCAAAAAAAAUGUAGGUUUCCUAUUUCUUUGUGUAAAAACUUAAGCUACGUUUACACGCUGCGAUUAAUCGUGUACGAUUCGUUUUCUGGCGUAUGUCAUUGAGUAAACACGCGUAAGCUGGCUACAUUUGAAAUCUCUUUUAACGAAAUGGCAAUGAAUUAUGGCGCCAGCACUCAUUUUAAUACGCCAGAAUACGAAUCGUACACGAUUAAUCGUAGCGUGUAAACGUAGCUUUAAGGCCGUUUUCCACUAGGCGAAUUUUUUCGCGCGACGCGAAGCGAAAACCGAAAUCGGGCAACGUGAUUGGUCGGCGAAAAAAUUCGCGGCGAAAAAGUAGGAUCGCUUCCUACUUUUUAUCUGUUCGCGCGAACAAAUUCGCCUAGUGGAAAACGGGCUUUAGGGUAGGUCUGUUCGGUUUUAACUUUUUUAGCCAGUGCUUCCACAUCCAAGGAUAAAUGUCCCUAAUAUUGCCUCAAAUUUCAAUUUUCCACAAACUUUUUCUUCAAAGUGGAAACGCUUACAAGCAUGAUCCAAUAAAAAGUAUAUGGUCAGAAUUUCGCCUGUAUGAAAUAGAGGUGUGCAAAUCCGAUUUGUUCGGAUUUCGGAACCAAAAUAUUCAUUUUGGAUCGGAUUGAUAAAGUUGUUUCGUAGUUGGAUCGGACUUUGAUGUCCAAUAUAAAAUGAAUUAAUUAAUAAAGUAAAAAAAGCAACUUGUGGUUCCGGUUUCAUAUCGCAGUAGUCUCCCCCCCCCGUCCAUGACACUUGUGACGUCAGGUACAUACGGGACUUUGGGGGCGGGUUUUGGCGGGAAAAUCUGUAAUGUUUGGAGAAGACAAGAUGGCGCUGGUUACCUCGUGUGUAAUAUCAAAGGGCAUUUUUGUUCACAAAUACCCGCUUAUUUUACGUUAUAGCGACUGGUUCGUUUUGGAAAUUAUAACUCAAUGGACGGGGAAAAUGAUUCUGUAUUAAAGAGAAAAAGAUGUGCGGUUAUUGUGAUGUUAUUUGUUGUGAAAGACGGCCCGAAAUUUCGCUACUUCGCUGUACUGGUUUAUAAAACAUUUACAAGCAACAGCAAUUGAACUAUAUGACAAAGAAACCAAUGUGUACAAGCCAAUCAAGUUCUUCAGUUUAAAGGUCAGUUUAUUUUUAAUAAUUAGUUCAUGUAGUUAUAUAUUAAUACGAAGUACACGGCCAUUCCAUUUAAUAUCCACACCCUCCUGUUGACUAGAUUUUCCGAAGGGGGUCUGAAAUUUUGAAUUUCUGAGGGUGUGCCAAGUUGAAAUUUCCGAGGGGGUUUGUGAAAGGAAAAUUUCUUAAGGUGUCAACAUUUUUGUAAUUUUCCAAGGAGGUAAAAAAUUUUUUUUAAUUUCUGAGGGGGGAGGAGGAAGGUAUACAUGUUGACGAAAAUUUCUGAGGGGGUGGUAAAUAAUUCCCAAAAAUUACUGAGGGGUCUAUCAUAGUGGAUCCACGUCAACAGUUAUUUCUAAGGGCUUGAGAAAAAUUGUAAAUUUCCGAGGGGGUUCUUAAAAAAUAGCGAAUUGGGUCAUUCCCCGACUGCAUUCCAGGCCCCUCCCGCCAAAGAUCUUUGGUGGGAAAAAACUUUACUGACUUUUGGCGGCGUAUUUUGGCGUAAAUUUUAGCUCAUCACUAUUUUUGGCGGCGUGCAUUCUAGAAGAAUGGCGGAUACACAAGCUGUAUGUAUAAAUGGUGUUAAUAUACCAAUGAAUAAUUAAUGUUUGAAUAAUAUUUCAUUAUUUUAUUUAAAUAAAGUACCUUUCUUUCUUAACUUCUUUAUAACCUUUUCUACUUGCACUGUGCAAUACAGCUUUAAAGUACUGACAAGUGAUUAUAUAUAGUUGAUUAAAUACGCCUUCGGCCAUUUAGUACUAUGAAACUGUAAACAAAUUGUAAAUUUCGACUUACUAAAACGCUGUUUUCUGACCAUCAGAAUUCUAUCAAAUCUUCCCCAAAGUCCAGGAAAUGGGAUUUCAGAGACUUGAAAUUUAAAAAUUUGCUCAAUUGUUUUCAGCUCCACUCCCAAUCAAAAACAACUUCCUACGGCAUUAUCAACAUACAAAUAUUCAGCAUUCCCAUAAUUAUAUUGUUUAUGAACUGUCUGUCGAAGUUGUCAAUAUAAGAUGAGAUUUUUGCACCUUUUUUAUUUUUAAAAUUUUUUUAAAGAUGUGAUUUUUGCACCUUUGGCGCACGUAACUUGACCACUUUAGAUAUAAUUAGUCUUUGGCGGAUAUAGUUUUAAAGCUGAAUUUCUGGUGUGAAUCUUUGGCAGUGAGAAAAGGUGGAAUGCAGUCAGGUGUCAUUCCAGAAAACAUCCAUAUCACCCCCACAGAGGAAAUAGGAAGUUAACCCCCCUACCCCCUUUGGAUGUCCUAAUACAUUUACUAUUAUCAGAAACAAUUUUUUCUCCCCUCCCUCUCCAGAUGGCAGAAAUUUCCUCCGUGUGGGGCAAGCCUCGAAUUUCCCUGAAAUCAAUCGACGGCAAUGGCAUUAAAAAUUGCCGUAGAACGUAACAGCUGUCUACGGCAAUUUUGACAGUUUCCACGGCAUUUUUCAAAUUACUGUAAUAAAAUUUUAAUUUUAUUGUUACUUUGGAUUUUUGACAAGCUAGAAACAUGUCUACGUAUUUCUUUAGUGUUUUUUUUUUUCGAAGAAAACUGAGACUAAAAUAGUGAUUUACGCAUGAUUUGAUCAACAUCUGAAUUCAAGUAUCAAAAUAGUAAUGCACAGUGAAUAGUAUAAAAAUUGCACUAUACGGCAAAAAAUUGCCGUCGUUGCCACAAUGAUCCACGGCAUUUUGUUCUCCCUCUACGGCAAUUGCUGCGAUAAAAUUCGAGCCCUAGUGUGGGGAGUAUGGAUCUUUUCUGCAACAACCCAUUUCCGAGGGGGGCUUACAGAAAACCAUUUCUGAAGGGGUCUAAAAUCAGAAACCUCGUCAACUGGGGGUGUGGAUAUUAAAUGGAAUACGAAGUACUGGAUACUAGAUAAAAAUAUAGUUCAUUUAGUUGUAUAUUAAUCUGAAGUACUCUACUACUCGUGUUGCCACGCAUAACAUUGAAUUGACGUUAUCACCGGUACCCACCUCAGAUAACGUCGAUCGUUACCCUGUCGUAUUUUGACCGCUAAAAGAGCUCAAAUGCAAAAUGGCAGCUGAAAUAUGGUGUAUAAUCAAUCAAUUUAUCUCAGAAAUGCAUUAAAAUGCUGAGGCUUCAAUUCAAAGUUAUUCACUGUAUUUGUACGUAAUUGACCGGUAUUUGACAUGAAACGUCGCUUCGAUACUUCAACCUUUGUUUUGGCCUCUAUUAGUUGAAAAUAGUAUAAUACUGGCAAAAGUGCACGGCAAACAUUAAAUAUUUAAACUUUGGUCUGUUUGGAUGUAAAUAGUCAAAUUGCUACAAGAUAAUGUCGAUUCUACGUAAUGUGUGGCAACAUGAAUAUGGACCUGGUCCCUUAGCGAGUUUGAUUUGCUAUUUGUAUAAACAGACCACAACCCCUUCUCUAACCCUAACCAAUGAAUGUGUAAUGAACUAUUGAGAGUUAAAAAAGUCAGGUGGGAUUUUAAAAUAUUUUAAGAAAAAUUUCUAUGGGGCUGAAUAUGGAAGCCGGUUGGCCCGCCAAACAAGACAGCUCGGUAAGCAGGAUGAAUUUUGCUUGCGUUUAUAUGAGGAGAUUUUAUGCCGCUUGCCAGGCUAGGAAUUGUUUACAUUUCACUCAAUUGGUUGUUGUUGCCAGAACAAAUUUCAAAUUUUGUAAACAUUACAGCUAUUGAAGCACAUUGCAACCUUUUGUUUUGUCUUUUUUACCUAUGUAAUGUCAAGAACUAUAAAAAUAGUUGCAGAAAAGACUUCAAACUAUCGAAAAUGUUUCAUCCGAGCAACCGGGCCAUCCAUUUGCUAGUGUUUAUAUGGGGAAAUUUUGGUUAUCCAUAUAAAUGCACAGGAAUUUUUACUAUAAAUUCUACUACACGGCAAGAUCUUGCUAAGAUGUAAGAAAAAAAUACCUGUGGUUCCAGUUUCAUAUUGUGACAAAAUUUAUAGGGUCGGUAGAUCGGAAAUUUUUUUUUGAAUAUUAUUUUCAUGGUUUUGGUGGUUUUUUGCUGGGUGAUUUGCAGUAGAGUUCCGACAUCAAUAUUAACUAGAGAUGCGUAUUUCCUAUGGACGAAUUUAGGUAAUUUGGUUCAAUAAUUAGUGUGACAGUUCAAACACCAUUUUGGCACGCUGUAUGAGCAGCCCACAACCACCUGGAGAAAAUACGGUCGCACGGUCAAUUGUGCUGAAAAAAUAAUAGGGUCGGCAGAAAAAAAUAGGGUCGGUCGGGAACCGGAACCACAGGUAUUUUUUACGCCUAACCGGGCUGUCUUGCCAAGUGCGCCAGCCUGGCUCCAAUAUAAACAGCCCCUAAAUCAAACAGAAAUCGACAGCUAAAACAAAACCUGAUCCCGACCUUGUUUCACUUUGCAUGCAUGCAACGCCUUUGCUGAAUACACUACCAGCCUGAAUUGCUGAAAGCUAUUGCAAAAAAACUAUUUUAUAUUACUACUUUACAAAAUGUAAGAACCUGACAACAUCCCUGCGACUUUGUGUCAUCUAUCUAGACAGUAUGAUUAUUGUAUGCAACUUUUCGAACCGAGAGAUAUAUUAGACCCUCUUUCUACUUUUUUUUUCACUUUGCCUUGGUCACACUUUGAACAAGAGGUGUGCCAAUUUCGCUUUCUCUCAUCUCAUUGUAGAUGUCCGCCAUUUUGAACUAUGUUUUUCAUAAAAAUGUAUUUAAAAUAUUUACAACUUUUUUGUGUUGCAUAUGACUGUCAUAAGCGCUAGCAAGUUGUAGGGCUAUCUAUACGGCACAAUUUGUGUCGCAGGGAUGGUGUCAAAAAAAAAAUUGGAUGAUUGGAUGAUUGAAUUUGUCAAAAAAAAAUUUCCGGAGAAACUUUCCAAAAUUGUUGUCGCUCCAAUAUUGUUUAGGUCCAUUUUUUUAAGUAUUUUAUAAAGCGUAUGCUAUGUAUGUGCUAAGAAGCUAGUUUUGUUGGCAUGUGGAAAGCAAAAGUAGCGAAGGUAAAGAGAUUAAAAUUGGAUUUAGUGCGUAUUUUUGAAAAAAUUUACCACCAAAUAUGGUAUCCCCCCCCCCGUCGAUGACACUUGUGACGUCAGGUAUAUACGGGACUUUGGGGGCGGGUUUGGCGGGAAAAUCUGUAAUGUUUGGAGAAGACAAGAUGGCGCUGGUUACCUCGUGUUAUAUCAAAGGGCAUUUUUGUUCACAAAUACCCGCUUAUUUUACGUUAUAGCGACUGGUUCGUCUUGGAAAUUAUAACUCAAUGGACGGGGAAAAUGAUUCUGUAUUAAAGAGAAAAAGAUGUGCAGUUAUUGUGAUGUUAUUUGUUGUGAAAGACGGCCCGAAAUUUCGCUACUUCGCAGUACUGGUUUAUAAAACAUUUACAAGCAACAGCAAUUGA